CUUCUCCCUUCGUCACAGACCACGCCCCUACACGCAGCCAUCCCGCGCCGAGGGUUUCUCUGCUCGAGCUUCGGAGGCGAGGAAGAGAAGAGAGGAGAAGCGGCGAGGCGGGAGAUGGCGGUGAUGGACACGGCGUUCAAGGCGCUGACGGCGGGGUUGGGCGUGGCGACGCUCUACCUGGCCGCCACCUUCUCCGUCAACGUCUACCGCGGCCUCGCAUGGCACUCCGAACAAUCGAAGUUAGAAAAGGAGAAAUCUGAAGGCUGAACUGGAUCGACAAGUUAGUGUAGACGUCAGACAUUAUCGGCCAAAAGAACCUACAAGACAAUCCUGCCUUUUGAUGAAUCAUGCUGAUUAUGCUUUCCGAGACUGUUUUUGUAAAAACCUGGCAAUAUGAUGUAUGAUUUAGGGAGAUGAUCAUCCUUUUUUAUGCCCACUGUCACAAUAUAUUUCUACGUUUGUGAAAAUAAGGUGUAAUUGUCAUCUUUUCAUUGUACUACCAUUUUCUUUGUUUAGCAACUGUGAAGGAUGUUUAACCUCUCAGUGUUAUUCCCUAUCAUCACAGAUCAUUUUAAUA